AUGAACAACAACGAAACAUAUCCCGAAAUGGAUCCACAAUCCCAAAGAAUCAUCGAAGAUCUUGCGGCAAGCAUGAGAGCAGAUGAUGCUUUUGCCGAAUACACAACCGAUCGAGAGACAGAAUUACAGAUGUACAUCGAGCAGCGCCGAGCGCAUCUCAAGAUCUUUAUAGAGGAGCGUCAACUGUACCGACAGAUGUAUAUUGAGGAGCGCCAGAAACGUCUUGAGAAGGAAAGGAAGGAGGCUCGAUUCAGUCUAUUCAUCAGUCAAGUUAUGAUCGUGUUGUUUGUCGCUUUUUUUGUACACAUCGUGUGCAAGUAUUGCGUCUGA